UUCCAAACGUGUUUCCUUUAGAUUUCCUAUAGAUAACUAUAUCGUUAGGGACAGUUGUUUGGGGUGAAUUUCCAUAUUGCAUGUCCUGUUUGUACUAUCGUCCCUCAUAGCUUUUGACUGUGUUUUAGUUGUAUUAUCAAAAUGGUUAAGUCAUUGUAUUUAAUAAUUUUCUUCUUGAAUCUGUUUGGGGCCUCUAUUGGCCAGUUGAGUCGUCUGAUUCAGAUCAUAAGCAGGACGUGUGACGUAGCAGAUGACACUACUUGCGCAGGAAACGGCGUCACUUUCUGGCUGUACACCAAUUUGACUCGAGACACUCCAACACAGUUGAACCUGAACACUCUAGACAAGGCUCCAUGGGUGGACGGAGCCCUUAAGUUCAUCGUGCAUGGGUUCUCCGUAGACAAGGACUCAGCUAUAAAUGCUGUUCUUCGACCUGCUCUAUUUUCAGUCGGCGAGUACAACAUAGUUUCCACGGACUGGAGCUCUCUCGGACGCCAGGGCUGCUAUACACAGGCAGUCCGGAAUGUCCGGACGGUGGGCAAGUGUGUUUCGGACUUCUUCAAUGCUGUCGUCAGGACUCGUCAGUUCCCUUCUGUCCAUCUCCUGGGACACAGCAUGGGAGCCCACGUAGCAGCCUGGGCGUCCCAGGAUAUACCUGACUUGCCGAGACUUACUAAGUUUGACGUCGCCAACCCGAUGUUCAACAACGACCACUCUAGGAGAGGCAGAGCUGGCUUCAUAGACGUGUAUCACUCCAACUGUGGACUGAAGGGACAGAGAAAUCCCUCGGGAGAUGUUGAUGUCUACUUUAACAACAAUGUGUUCCAACCUGGGUGUAAAUGCGAUACUGGCUGUUCCCACCUCAGAGCCGUAGAGUUCUAUGCGGAGAGUUUAUCAACCCCUCUGGUGGCGUUCCCUUGCUCUGGCUGGGACGAAUAUAAGGAAGGGGGAUGCACUACACCUAGGACUGAGGACUUGGUGGUACUUGGUGAAAAUGCUGACAUACGAGUGAAGGGGUCGUUCAUGGCGUUCACGAAUUCCAAAUCACCAUUUCUUCUCCACGCAGAUGUAUACACAGAAGAAGCCAGCUUUAACGGGUUCAAAAACAUCGUAGCCUCUGAAUGCUCAAUUGCAUACAACUUCAAGACACUUCUGAGAGACUGGUUGUAAUGUGAACACUGUAGGAGAAUAUUGCAUUUGACGAAUGAAAAU